AUGACGGGCAGAGAUAUCCUCCAUUUGAUGAAGGUGAAAGCAGGGUUUGGAACAUCAACACCCGAGACAGGGAAAGGAAAAGGCAAAAUAUCAAAACACAUUACACAUGGAUUUCACUUGAUGAAGGGAAAAUCUGGGCAUCCCAUGGAAGAUUAUUUAGUUUCAGAAUUUAAGCAAGAAAAGGACAGAGAAUUAGGCUUGUUUGCAAUAUUUGAUGGCCACUUAGGCCAUGAUGUUGCAAGCUAUUUGCAGAACCACCUUUUCCACAACAUCUUGAAACAGCAUGACUUUUGGACUGAGACAGAAAGCGCAGUGAAGAGGGCUUAUCAUGAAACGGAUGAGAAAAUAUUGGAAGAAGCACUUGUGUUGGGAAGAGGAGGGUCAACAGCUGUAACUGGAAUACUGAUCGAUGGUCAGAAGCUUGUAGUAGCAAAUGUUGGUGACUCAAGAGCUGUUAUUUGUGAGAAUGGAAAGGCUAGGCAACUAUCUGUAGAUCAUGAACCAAGCAAGGAAAAGAAAUCUAUUGAGAGGCGUGGGGGGUUUGUAUCAAACAUUCCAGGUGAUGUCCCUCGAGUAGAUGGACAGUUGGCAGUAGCAAGGGCUUUUGGUGAUAGGAGCUUGAAGAUGCAUCUUAGUUCAGAACCUGAUGUGUUUGUAGAGGAAGUAGAUCAUCAUACAGAGUUUCUUAUUCUGGCUAGUGAUGGAAUAUGGAAGGUUAUGUCAAACCAAGAAGCAGUGGAUUCUAUAAGGCAAAUAAAGGAUGCACAAGCUGCAGCAAAGCACUUGAUAGAAGAGGCAGUUUCCAAGAAAAGUAAAGAUGACAUAUCUUGCAUAGUUGUGAGGUUCCAAUGA